AUUUUGGACUCGAGAGACUUCGGAUCGAAGCUCAACCUGGGAUUUGGGUUUGGAAGUUUUCACCUUGUUAUAAAACCACACAGUUGGGCGCUUUCCCCCUUCUCCGCACAUACAAACUACAAUGCUGCAACCUGAGAAGAUGCAUAUUCUGCUCCUGCUCUUGGCCAUGAUGCACUGCAUCUGUGCGGUGCCCAUAGCUCCUGCCACGCCCGAUGGCGCAACGCCAAUCGACGCCCGCGUCUCGGCCGCCGACUUCGGGGCCCAGGAUGCCUUCGAUGCCGCCGAUAGCUCCGCGGAGUCCACCCACGCUCAGGCCAGCGAGGCCGGGUUCAAGAUCUCUCUCCUGCCGACUCCGGCUAAAACGGCGGAAUCGGUGAAUCUGGAGCAGGAGGCCAUUCCCUCGAAGGUGCUGAGCGUGUACGACAACAGCCAAAAGAAGCUGGCCGAUUUGGCGCAGCCCGUUCCCAUUUUGGACUCCAUCAGUGAGCACGAGAAGUACGGCAACAACGGCGACAUGUUCGACGGCAUCUCGCGAUCCAUUGUCAACGGCUACGAGGCCUUUUCCAACCUGCUCAACACCUUUAUUCAGAAGCCCAAAGAGUUGGCGCGCAGCGUGACGAAGGGGAUCACGGCUCAAUUGGAUAUCAUAGGAGGCAAAUUGGUGGGCCUGUGAUGGCUUGUAAUUUAAA